AUGGACUAUAAUGCUAAUGAUCGAGACCAAAUUCGUAGGGCAUAUCUACAAAAAGGUCCUUGUCAACGUCGUUAUCAUAAUUUUUUACAAAAAUCAUUUGGACAAAAACUUUGGCGAUUUAAUCAGGCUUGGUUUAGUGAAUUUCCUAAUUGGUUAGAGUAUAACGUAGCAAAAGAUGCAACAUUUUGUUUAUGUUGUUAUCUUUUUAAACCCGAUAUUGGAGAUCAAGCUGAUGGUGAUUCUUUUGUUGGUGAGGGUUUCUCAAAUUGGAAGAAAAAAGAAAAAAUUCGGACUCAUGUUGGAGGUCCCAAUAGUGCUCAUAAUCAAGCUUCGAGUAAAUGUCAAGACUUGUUAAACCAAAACCAACAUAGUCAAACGAUUUUUUUCAAACAAUUUGAUCAAGCUCGAAUUGAGUAUCGAACCCAUUUGAAUUCAUCGAUUGAUUGUGUCAAAUUUCUUCUAAGACAAGGACUUGAGUUUCGUGGGCAUGAUGAAUUUGAAAAUUCAAGUAACCAAGGAAAAUUUCUUGAACUUCUCAAGUUUCUUGUUGAUCAUAAUGAAGAUGUCAAAGUGGUUGCAUUGAGCAAUGCUUCACAGAAUCUCAAGUUAAUAUCUCCUGAUAUUAAAAAAGGCAUUGUAAAUGUGGCUGCAUUUGAAACUAUCAACGUGAUUAUUAGAGAUCUUGGUGACACACUUUUUUUUUCUAUUUUGAUUGAUGAAGCUCGUGACAUAUCAAUCAAUGAGCAAAUGACAGUUAUAAUACGAUAUGUUGACAAAAAAAGCCAAGUGAUUGAGCACUUUUUGGGUAUUGAGCAUGUUGCUAAUACGAAUGCUCUCUCACUCAAACAAGCUGUGGAAAAUUUAUUCUCCAGACUUAGAUUGAGUAUUUCCAAAUUACAGGGUCAAGGAUAUGAUGGGGGUAGAAAUAUGCAAGGUGAGUUCAAUGGUCUUAAAACACUUAUACUGAAAGAGAAUCCUUGUGCAUAUUAUGUUUAUUGUUUUGCGCAUCAAUUGCAAUUGGCACUUCUAACCGUAGCAAAGAAUCGUAAUCAAAUUGCUUUACUUUUUACUUUGGUUUCUAAUGUGGUGAAUGUUGUUGAAGCAUCAUGUAAACGCCGAGAUAUUGUUAGGGAGAAGCAAGCUGCAAAAGUUGCUGAGGCACUUAAUACUGAAGAGCUAUCUAGUGGGCAAGGCUUAAAUCAAGAAACUACUCUUAAACGUGCCGGCGAUACACGUUGGGGUUCACACUAUGGUACUUUAGUUAGCUUGGCUAGUAUGUUCUCAACAGUGAUUGAUAUGCUUGAAAUGAUUUCGGAGAAUGGUUCAAAUUCAAAACAACGAGCAGAAGCAAAUGUAUUGUUAGACUCAAUUCAAUCAUUUGAGUUUGUAUUCAACCUUCAUUUGAUGAAAACGAUAUUGGCUAUUACAAGUGAGUUAUCGCAAGCAUUACAAAGGAAAUAUCAAGAUAUUGUUAAUGCCAUGAAUUUAGUUCAAAAUUUUAAAGUACGGCUCCAAAAAAUGAGGGAGAGUGGAUGGACAUCUUUACUUGAUGAUAGUUUGUCUUUUUGUGAAAAACAUGAAAUUAAUGUUCCCCAAAUGGAAGAUAUGUUUGUAGCUCAAGGGAGACAAAUGUGCAAUGCUCGAGAAAUUACAAACUUAAAUUACUAUCGCGCUGAGUUAUUCUACACUGUUUUAGAUAUGCAAAUUCAAGAAUUGAACGCUCGUUUCACUGAGUCAAACACUGAGUUGUUGCUUUGUGUGGCAUGUUUGAAUCCGUCUAACUCUUUCUCUAGUUUUGACGUUGUUUUGUCAUCUUGA